AGACAGCACACUCAACAAGCAUUGAGUUCAGAGCCCAUGUUGUGCACCAGCCAGGCUGCUCCUGGUCUGAAUGGCCUGUUCCUAGCUAAGGAGCACAUUCAACCUUUUCUCACAGUCUGAAGUGGCUUGGCUCUUUGCAGUGCGACCCCUCUCUCCGAGCUCUUAUUUUGGCCACGCCUUCCUAAUUUUAGGCUCCACUGGCCCUGCCUUGCUGGUCUAUAUAAUGCACACCUUUUGCCACCUGUUGGAGGGCUGUCCAAGGCAGCCACCAACCACCCAGCCCAGAUCAACCAGCAACAGAAGGUUGCUGCAGAAGCCGCCAUGGCCCAGACCGUCCUGCUGAGCGUCGCCCUUCUGAGCGUCGUCCUCUCCUUCCAUGGCGCUUUGGGCAUCAGUGGCUGCAGAGUCACUCAAACCGGGCUGGAAAACUAUUGCCUUUCCACAAAAGAUCACUGGGCGCAAUCCCUGCAAGGUCCCAUCCAACAGCUCCCUGGCCCCGCCCUUCCUGGCCUGGCUGGCUGCCGGUUCGAUGUCCUGACGUGUGAGCGUGUGAGCGUGGUUUUCAGGCCGCCCUAUGGACUGGACGUGGUUGUGUGCCUCGUGGUCCAGAUCAAGUGCUCUUUGCUGCUGCUACCGGCCACAGUGCGCGUCGCAUUUUGUGCUACCAUCCGGCUGGCGGUGGUACCUUUGGGGCUGAGCUUCGGCAGCUGCUCUUCGGAGUACGUGGAAGUCAAAAUAGACCCACUGAUCAAUUUGCAGCUGCCAGCAGUGGCGAAAAUCCUGGCCCCCGUGCUGGAUCCUGUGGUAGGUCUCACAGAGCAUUUUAUCUCCCCUCUGCUAGCAGCCCCACAUCAACAAAGCGGUUCCAAAAAGCAGGAAGCAAAGUCAGUUGAUCGGAGGCCUCUGCCUCUGCAAUGCUCUCUUCAGGGGAAUCUGGUGUCUCUUCUGCAUCUAUGCUUUAUUGUUGUUGUUGUUUAGUCGUGUCCGCCUCUUCGUGACCCCCUGGACCAGAGCACGCCAGGCCCUCCUGUCUUCCACUGCCUCCCACAGUUUGGUCAAACUCAUGCUGGUCGCUUUGAGAACACUGUCCAACCAUCUCGCCCUCUGUCGUCCCCUUCUCCUUGUGCCCUCCAUCUUUCCCAACAUCAGGGUCUUUUCCAGGGAAUCUUCUCUUCUCAUGAGGUGGCCAAAGUCUUGGAGCCUCAGCUUCAGGAUCUGUCCUUCCAGG